UCUCGUUCCACGAUACGUUCGUUUUCGAAGAAGUAUUUUUUACGCAGCAAUACGAUUUUACGCUCGAGUCGUCGAUCGUAAUUAUAACUGUAUAAUUAAACACGUUUAGUAGAUAUUAUAAAAUAUAAUAUAAUACAAAGUUCGCAAAAAUGACUCCACCUAUGGAGAGAAUCCAAAUCUUAGAAACUAUCGAAAAAGAUAUUAUCGUUUGUUUACAAAGUGCAGGCCAAGCGUUUAUGGAAUUGAGUAAGGAAAAAUCUAGUUUAAAGCAAGCAGAAGCCCAAACUCAUCAAUUUUUGAAAACUUUAGGCCACGUGGAAUCGAAAUUGAGCGAACAAAUUAAUUAUCUGACACAAGUUUCGACAGGUCAACCUCACGAAGGAUCUGGAUAUGCGAGUCAAAAGGUUUUGCAAAUGGCAUGGCAUAGGUUAGAACAUGCUCGCAGUAGAGUGAAUGAAUUGGAGCGCAUAAAAAAUAAACCGAGAUAAAAAACUGAUUUAAAGAAAUAUAUAUUUAUAGAUACAUGUUCCGAAUAUAACAGUAAUUAUAUUUAGGAGGUAUCGUCAUGUAUCAUAAAAUGUUAUAAUAAAUUAAUUUCUUAUUUUUAUUAAA